AUGCAGAGGAACAGCAGCGCGUUGGCACCGGGUUUGGCGGCGUGCGGACCGGCGCUAGAUGACGGCGAUGCUCUGUCGAACCGGACCGCGGCAGCUCUACAGAACCUCUCCCUGCGGUGCUGGCUGCAGCUGCUCUCCAAAGAGUCCGCGCAGGAGCUCUACGGCGACAGCUCGAGUAUGGCAAUGCGCGUCGUGAUUGCGCUCGUGUACCUGAUUGUGUGCGCGCUGGGACUCGUCGGGAACCUUUUGGCACUGUAUCUUCUCCAAUCGCGCAAUAGACUCAAGCAGUCCUCCAUCAAUUGCUUCGUCAUGAGUUUGGCUGUAACCGAUCUGCAGUUUGUCCUGACACUUCCAUUCUGGGCCGUGGAUACCGCUUUGGACUUCCGAUGGCCUUUUGGAAAGGUGAUGUGCAAGAUCAUCAGCUCGGUGACAACUAUGAACAUGUACGCCAGUGUUUUCUUCCUCACGGCUAUGAGUGUUGCUCGCUAUUGUUCCCUGUCCUCUUCCCUGCGGAUGCAAAGUUCCAAAACGGCUUCGGCAGAGGUAAAAUGGGCCAGUUUGGGUAUCUGGGUCGUGUCCGUGGUGGCCACCAUCCCCCAUGCUGUCUACUCCACCACGGCGCAGGUAUCGGACGACGAGCUGUGCCUGGUGCGCUUUUCGGACUCUGGAAGCUGGGAUCCACAGCUGCUAUUGGGUCUCUAUCAGACCCAAAAGUUUCUUUUGGGCUUCGUGAUUCCUCUGGUCAUCAUCUGCGUUUGUUAUCUCCUUCUGUUGCGCUUCGUUCUGCGGCGUCGUGUCAGCGGUGUUCCCGGGUCGGAAAGUGAGAGAGGACGCCACAAGCGCCGCUCCAAAGUCACCAAAUCUGUCACCAUCGUGGUACUGUCGUUUUUCUUGUGCUGGCUGCCCAACCAGGCGUUGACACUUUGGGGAGUGCUCAUUAAAUUCGAUCUGGUGCCCUUCAGCAACGCUUUUUAUAACGCGCAGGCCUACGCGUUCCCAAUCACUGUGUGCCUGGCGCACACAAACAGCUGCCUGAACCCGGUUCUGUACUGUUUGAUCCGGCAGGAGUACCGCACUGGACUUAAGAAACUGCUUUUCAGGGCCACUCCAUCCGUUAGGAACCUGGCCAAGCUGGUGUACAGGGGCAAGAAGGUGGCAGAGGCUCCACCUGGAGUGGCCGUGGUGCAAAUGGAGAUUGGGACGUGA